UGUGCCGCUGCGGCCGCAGCAGCAACCUGCGAACUUGGACGGACUCUGAGAGUGCUAGUAGACAUUACGCUCAGAGACCGCGGCUGAUAACGCGGUCAAAGCGGUGCCAAGGCUGAAGUUGUGACUGUGGUGUGUACCAGAAGCAUUGAUAACUAAGUGCCAAUUAUAGCAAGAUACAAUGAGUUACCCGGGCGGAAGUGGGAACUCUUACCCUCCUCAGCAGGGUUAUCCAGGCUACCCGCCUCAAGACAGAGCAAGUUACCCGAUGGGGGCUGUCUAUGGAGCACCACCAGCCGGCCAGCAGGCUCCUGGCUACCCACCCCAAGUGCCAAAUCAGACAUACCCUCAGCCUUCCUCAGCAGGUUUCCCAACAACCCAGCCAGGUUUUGCUUCUCAGCCUGGCUAUCCGAGCCAACCUGGCUAUCCGAGCCAACCCAGCUAUCCGAGCCAACCCGGAUAUCCGAGUCAACCCGGCUAUCCGAAUCAACCCAGCUACCCGAAUCAACCCGGCUACCCGAAUCAACCUGGCUACCCAAAUCAACCAGGCUACCCGAGUCAACCCGGCUACCCAACCCAACCCGGCUAUCCAAGCCAGCCCAGUUACCCAAGUCAACCUGGUUGCGCCAUGCCCACAGCCACUGGCCAUCAAAGUUCCACUCAAGGAUACCCUGGCUGCCCAACAAGCCAUAGUAGCUAUUCUGCACCUGUGUCUGCUGCUAGCUAUCCUUCUACACAAGCAGCUCCAAGCCCAUAUCCAUCUGCAGGCUAUCCUAGUGCAGGCACAACUGGCCCUGGUGGUUACAGUGCACCCUAUACGCAGGCAGCCUAUGGAGCAGGAUCUGUUUACUCCAGUGCUGCCCAAGUUACUCACUCAGCAUCCUAUACAGGACAGCGUUUACGAGAUAGUCCAGGCAACGCAAGAAUCAUGGCCACCAUCAAACCCUACCCAGGAUUCAAUCCCCAGGAUGAUGCCCAGGCGCUCAGGAAGGCGAUGAAGGGUUUUGGCACCGAUGAGGCUGCCAUCAUUGCUAUUCUUGGCAAAAGGUCAAGCGAUCAGCGACAGGCGAUCAUGACAACGUACAAGCAGAUGUUUGGACGGGAUCUUGUAAAGGAUCUCAAGUCGGAGCUGUCUGGGAAACUCGAGGAUGUCAUUGUUGGGCUGAUGACUCCACUUUACGAAUUCCUGGCAUCUGAGCUGAAGGCUGCCAUGAAGGGUCUUGGCACUGACGAGGACUGCCUGAUUGAAAUCCUCUGCACCCGCACCAACGCUGAAAUUGCUGCGAUCAAGCAGAUCUACAAGCAGAAGUUUGGCAAGGACCUUGAGAAGGCUGUGAUGAGCGAGACGUCUGGCGACUUCAAGCGUGUUCUUGUCUCCAUGUUGACGGGCUCACGUCAAGAGGGAGUGCCCGUAGAUGCCAACAGAGCUGCAGAUGAUGCACAGAGACUCUACCAGUCUGGUGUGGCCAAGUGGGGCACAGAUGAGUCAACCUUCAAUGCCAUCCUGGCCUCCCAGAGCUACGACCAACUACGCCAGGUGUUCCGCGAGUAUGUGCGUUUUGCCAACCAUGACAUCAUGGAGGCCAUCAAGAAGGAGAUGUCUGGCAACUUCAGGCAAGCCCUGCUUACGAUAGUGAAAUCCGUCUACAACACAGAGCUGUACUUUGCUGAGAAACUCCACGAAGCCAUGAAGGGAGCUGGAACUGAUGACAAGACCUUGAUUCGCAUUGUUGUGAGCCGCUGUGAGUCUGACUUGGCUAUCAUCAAGCAGGAAUACCAGAGAGCUUAUGGCAAGAGCCUUGAAGAUGCUAUCAAGGGCGACACUUCUGGCGAUUAUCGAAAGGUCCUGAUUGCGCUUGUCUCUGGGAACUAGACAUCGAAGGUUCCUGCCACUCCUCUCGAGAGAGUGCGCUUAUGACAUCUCGACAACGCCAUGUGGCAAAUUCCUUUCCUCUUCGGCUGUCUUCAGUCUUUCCACUCUGCUUGCAUUCUCAAUUGGUGUUGGAACUCUAGCCUAUAUUACUCUCAAUGUUGUAAAACUGUGCUGCUUAUGCUGCAUUUUAUUGGUGCAAAAUUUUUUUUCUCUGUAUCAUGAUUCACUCUUGUAUCGUGUAUAACGAGAUCUGAGUGUCCAUGUGUUACAUGUUUUAAACAAAAAGUAUGUGGAGAGCCAUCAUUAUUCAUUGUUAGUGUGUUGCAGUGGUGUUUAGUUGGGGCUUGGAGAUGGCACACACCACUAAAGAAGGAAGUCCUAAGGGUCUCUGCAGUUACAGGCUCAAAGUUCAUUUUAUGAGAGUAUAUCUGAAGAUAUUUUGUAAAAUGUUUGUGCAAAAAAGAAGAAAAAAAAAAUAAAGCCAAAGUUGUGCGCCUCUCUCGUGACAGCCAAACUUGGUGCAAGAUUGUUUUGUAGCAAGUUUUAAGAAGUCUACUAGCAUACUGCCAUAUGGGACCAUGGCCCAAGAUCAGCAAAGGAUGCCAGGCUUGAGGUGCACGAUUGUAGUGGCAUGGGCAGUCCGACACGUCUGAGAUGUGUUAUCCCAUCUGACAGGAAGCUUCAAGUGAAUAGUCUUGUUGUUUUACCCCCGUUUUUAUGCAUACAGUAGUCUUUGUGUUAUUAUGGAAUAGCCUUUAUUCUGCUGUUGAGCAUUCAGAGUUUACUCUUUUAUAGUUUAAUUCAUGUCGCAAAUGGCAUGUUGUGCUGUGGCCAAGCUUCAGCAUCCGGUGCACGAUGUGAAACCCCGGUGAACGUUUGUCUUUUGUCACAAGAGGUUUUGUGAAACGCUUGUGGCUGCUCUAGUUCUUCGAUGCAUGAGCAUUGUCUAAGCUUAACCCUGUCUUUGCACUUUUAGAGUUUCUUUUAGUUUUUUUUUUUGCUAAUGACUAUCAUUGUUGAAGUUGUUUUGACUAGAGCUGUGCAAAUAUAUGUAUGUAUAUAUAUAUAUAAAAAAGAACUGCAGUAUGCUUCCUUCAAAGUCAAUUACACAUUGUGAACUUACCAGUGAGGAAGAAGCUGUUGUGGCUGUUUAUUGCCUACACUGCCCUUUACAAAAAAGCCUUUAUAAAAAUUUUCAACAAAACUUUUCAAUGAACAAAACACCAGUGGCAUAUUAUUUUUGUAAAAUGUGAAAGGUGAUGGGUUCUCCUAGCUGCUUUCAUAAUGUGGUGAGUAAAGCAUGGUACUGAGACAAGGCAUGAGUGUUUUGUGUAAUAGCAAAAUUCUAUUUUAGCAUAGUACUUAAAGAUUUAGUGAUGUACAUGCGCUCCAUUGUGUUGUGCUUAAUGUUUUCCUGUUCUGCAUGCUGUCAGUGACCGCAAUAUAUUUAUUUUCUCGCAUUCGUGUUGUCUGUAACCUGCUCUAUUGCUGUUCUUGUUUCUUUACUCCUUUUGGGAACCUGUUUGUUUGGUAGACUUUUUAUUCCAUUUGCUACCAGCUGUCUGGUGCCUCGAAAAACAUUUCACAAUCCUGCACAGCACAUUUACACAGCUUAAGAACAUGGCACAUACAGCCUGAACAGCCCUACUUACCACUUACUUCAGGCUUUAGCACUUUGGCUUUUAAUUGCAGGUGUGUGUUUGCUACAGGCAUCAGAUUGUCUGGCGGCUUGCAUGUGGGCUCUGUACGUGUAAUCUUGACAUAGCAGGUGAUAUUCGAACUCCGCGAAAGUUAUGCGCGUAAGCGUUCGAAUAGCAGUUCUAUUAUAAGGUCACUCGUGAUAAUUGCACGCUGACUAACUUGGGUAGUACGCUAACACAAACAGCUCUAUGCUGUUUUUGAUGGGAGGUUGGACAAACAUGUCUACAGGACGUUGCCACCCAAGUGGUUGUCAAGCUACCACUAAUGAUUGUUUUCUUUAGGGGAUCCCUAAACCACAGUGCUUUCUACUUUCUGUUACAAUCUUUAUUUUGUUUGGCCAUAGCAUUUAACUUAGUCUUUGGUCAAUUCUCUUCAUUUAUAAUGAGUUUAUUUUGAUUAGCUUUUUAUUUAUCACAUAAAGCAUGACUUCAAUUGUGUGGUGCUACUUUAGCAUUUUUAGCUUGCUUGUAAGCACUUGGCUGCUCACAUUGCAAUGAAACUCCUGCAGUGUAACUCCUAACCUCCCAACGUUGCAUAGGGCUUUGCAAACUUAGAGCUAUUAUGAAUGUAUGCAAUGUAUUUGAAUAUUUGCAAAGUGUAGACAAGCAUAUGCCUAAGCUACCUUUACAGCCAGGACAAUAGUAUGUAAUUAAUGGCAAGCAUUAAUGGGUCACAGUGGUGGUGCAGGGCUUUCAUGCUAUGCUAGGUUUUAUUCACUUGGCUUGCUACAAAGCCAUAUUUUGGACCUAUUUCUGUGAAACUGAUUGGACUAGUUCAGCGUUUCAGCUGUACUGUGCUUGGUUGAAGUUUCUUUUUCAGCUUGCUCGUUUGAGACAGGUGCAGCAAGAUCAAGGUAGAGGAAGAUUCAGAAGAGAACAAUUGUCCAUUUUCCUUUUUAUAACACUUUGUACUGUCUUAAAGUAUCCACUGUUUUCGAGCAUUGCUAGCUCAAUACACACGUUAAAGGUUGUUGGGUUUAUACAAUUACACUAACCUCUUGAAUAAACUGCUGCAUGCUUACAA